AUGCCUGCUGCUGCGGAUAAGACCAAGACCUACAUUCCCCUCUCUGGCGUAGCCAAAGAUGGCUGGUCCACCGAUACCGAAGCCACAGCAACCUGUUUCUGCGGCGCCGUCCAACUCUCCUUCCCGACUCAAGCCCCGGGUCUAGUCGACAGCUUCGUCUGCAACUGUCACGACUGUCGCAAAGUAACCGCCUCGAUGUUCGCCUCCAACUUCAUCAUCGACAACGAGUACCUAACGCACGUACGCGGACAAGAUAACCUGAAAUCCUGGGGACAGGAUGUUACCCCGGCCUCGGGAAAUAAGAUGACGAAUUACUUCUGUAAUACUUGUGGUACCCUUAUGUACCGCGUCAGCUCCGGCGCCGCGAACCAGAGCUACCUGCGCAUCGGCACCGUCGACGACUUUAACCUGCAUGAGACCAAGCUACGCCCGCGCACGGAACAAUUCAUCGAGGGCCGCGUGAACUGGUUCCACGGCGUGGACGGUGCUAGACAUGUCGAAGGCAGCGCUUAUGGCAAGGCUAAGGAGUAG